AUGGGGGAGAUGGAAGCAUUCAGAGGAAAGUUGAAAGCAAUCACAGGUGGAGUAGAAGAAGAAGAAGAAAAUAUGAAAGACAGCACUAUAUUUUCUGAACUGAAACACUACUGUAUACAAUUACUUGACGUCCUUCAAAACCCAAAUAAAAUACCCUCUUCUACUUUCUCUCAACUCCUCCACCUUCUUCAAGGAUCACCCCCUGAUUCCCUCCAGCCUUUCUUCGACUAUACUUUGUUUCCAUUGCUGCUUUUGCUAGAUGCAGCAGUGAAUUGCAGAUCUUCACAGAAUGCCAACUCAGAAAAUGAAUUGCUGUCAUUUCAUGCCUUAGAGAAACCACACAAUGUGAGUGAUGCUGUGGCAGAAGCCACACUUCUUUGUUUGGAGGAACUCCUGAAGAAAUGCCGUUUAGGAUCUGUUGAUCAGAUGGUUGUGAUACUGAAAAAAUUGACUCAUGGGGCAUUGCUCUCUCCAUCUGAGGCUUCAGAAGAGUUUCGUGAAGGAGUAAUAAGGUGUUUCAAGGGUCUGUUGCUUAAUCUCCAUUCUUGUUCUGAUGAGUCCUGUCCAUGCAAACAAAUUGGUGGUUGCCCCACUCUUCUAGGUAGAAAAGAUGUUCAGUUUUCAUGUGCUCAGGUCUCAAAAUAUGAUUUAGUUCCAGAACAAUGUUUAUUAGCAUUUCUUCAAUCUGAACCUGCUUCAGCCAUCGUUGGUCACUGGCUUUCACUUUUGCUCAAGGCUGCAGAUGUUGAGGCCACACGUGGACAUCGUGGCAGUUCAAAGCUUCGUGUAGAAGCCUUCAUUGCAUUACGAGUGCUUGUUGCAAAGGUUGGUUCUGCAGAUGCAUUGGCUUUCUAUUUACCAGGCGUUGUCAGUCAGAUUGGGAAAGUGUUGCAUGUAUCAAAAUCUAUGAUUAGUGGGGCAGCUGGAAGUACGGAAGCCUUGGAUCAUGCAAUCAGAGGUUUUGCAGAAUAUCUUAUCAUAGUUCUCGAGGAUAAUGUGAAUAUAUCUAGUCUUGGUAUCAUUGUGAAUGAUGGCUGUGGCCUUUCUUCAAGGGAAGAGAAAUCAUAUGCAUCAUUGCUGGAGGAACUCCGUCAUCUGCCUGUUAAAAAUCAAGGUGAGGAAGAAAUUACUGCUAAAGAUUUGACGAAAUCUGUAGAAGGCGGCAUUACAGUACCUGGCUUCAGAGAGAAGGCUCAUGGUGAUUCUGAUAGAAAGAUUGGAUCAUUGCGUGUUAAGCGCACGAGAGAGUGGAUCGCUAACACUUCUGCUCAUGUUGAUAAACUUUUGUCUGCAACUUUUCCCCAUCUUUGUGUUCAUCCAACCAAAAGAGUGAGACAGGGACUUCUGGCCACUGUGCAGGCAUUCUUAUCGAAAUGCAGUUACACACUAAAGGAAAGCAGAUUGAUGCUUUUGGAGUGCUUGUGUGUUUUGGUCUGUGACGAUUCUGAGGAGGUCUCUUCAGAUGCUCAGGCAUUCUUUAGACAUAUGUUCUCGUCAAGUGUAAAACAUCAACUAGAGAGUGACGUUGCCAAGGUCUUUAGCAGGCUUGUUGAAAAGCUCCCGCAAGUGGUACUGGGUAGUGAAGAGUCACUUGCACUAUCACAUGUUCGGAAGUUACUUGCAGUUACAUAUUUUUCUGGUCCCCAACUCGUGGCAGACUACCUCCUUCAUUCUCCUGUGACGGCUGCUCAAUUCUUGGAUGUUUUUUCCCUUUGUUUGAGUCAGAACUCAGUGUUUUCUGGUUCACUUGACAAGCUUGUGUUGGCAAGGCCAUCAUCCUCUGGAUUCAUGCGUUCCAUAGCAGAGUUGAAGGCUAUAACUGAUGAUUCAGUGCCUUUAGAUGUUCAAAAUAGGAAAAUGCUAUAUAUGCCUGAAAAUGAACAGACUGAGUAUGAGCUCCCUCACUUGCCACCUUGGUUUGUUAAUGUUGGCAGCCAGAAUUUGUACCCUGCUUUGGCUGGAAUUCUUAGACUCUUUGCUAGAUCUUUAUUUGCAGACUCUCAAAUUGAAGGCUCUCUUUCCGUUAUAAUUGAUAUUCCUCUGGGGCACUUGCAUAAAUUGAUUUCUGAAAUACGGAUGAAAGAGUACCAUAAGGAAAGCUGGCAGUCAUGGUAUAAGAGAACAGGUUCAGGGCAGUUGGUGAGACAAGCUAGUACUGCUGCAUGUAUUUUGAAUGAGAUGAUAUUUGGCCUGUCUGAUGAAGCUAUGACCACUUUCCGGAUAAUGUUUGAGAAGUCCAGUUUAGGAUGGCAAGACACUGAGAGCUUUCAUGCAGAUGGUAACGGUAUAUCUCGCGAAUUUGUAUGUGAUGCACAAGAGGAAUAUGUUUGGAAUAUUGAUCGGGAUAGUGGUGCAAGGACCCACUUGAUCGAUUGCGUUGGUAGCAUAUUACACGAAUAUCUGUCUUCUGAAAUUUGGGAUCUUCCACUUGGUGAUAGAGCCUCUCUCCGACAACUUGAUGAAGAAGAUGGAGACGUUAUUAUUGAGGGGAUUGGCAUAUUUAAUAUUUGCCUUGGAAAAGAAUUUUCAUCGUCGGGAUUUCUUCAUUCUUCACUUUUUAUGUUGCUUGAAAAUGUUAUUUGCUCAAAUUUUCAAAUCAGAAGGGCAUGUGAUGCUGUCUUACGUGUUAUCUCUGCUAUACACGACUGUGCAUCGGUGGGUCACUUAGUAUUGGCUAAUUCAGACUACGUAAUUGAUUCAAUAUGUCAGCAACUGCGCCACUUAGAUCUUAAUCCUCACGUGCCAAAUAUACUUGCUGCGAUGCUUUCUUAUGUUGGAGUUGCUGAUAAAGUACUGCCAUUAUUGGAGGAGCCGAUGGGUGCAGUGUCUAUGGAACUUGAAAUUCUUGGAAGGCACCAGCAUCCAAAUUUGACCACUUCCUUCUUAAAGGCUGUGGCAGAAAUAACCAAGGCGUCCAAACACGAGGCUUGCACACUACCAAACAAAGCGGAGUCAUUUUGGAAGGAUGUCAAUUUUAACAUAUUGAAUUCAGAGAAGAGAACAGGAAAGCUUUCUACUUCAACUUCAUAUGUUGAUAAUACCAAGGAUAUAGAUUACAUGGAAUUGGAGACGGAAAGUCGUCCCAAUGGUGCAAAUACGCAAAUGGAAGAAUGGGAGUCAAUUUUAUUCAAAUUGACUGAUUCCAGAAGAUACCGAAGAAUAGUUGGAUCUAUUGCCGGAUCAUGUUUAAAAGCUGCAACUCCAUUAAUUGCUUCAGCUGAUCAAGCAGCAUGUUUGAUAGCACUGGAUGUGAUUGAGGAUGGAAUUAUCGCACUAGCCAAAGUGGAAGAAGCCUACAAGCAUGAGAUUAAAACCAAAGAGGCAAUUCAGGAAUUCUUUAGCUCAUGUUCAUUCCAUAUUCUUCGGGAUACCCUAGAUGCAGCUGAAGAUGAAACAGGAGAGAAUAGAUUGCUCCCUGCAAUGAAUAAAAUUUGGCCUUUCUUGGUUUGUUGUGUCCGAAAUAAGAAUCCAGUGACCAUUCGAAGAUGUUCUCAUGCGAUUAGUACAGUGGUACAAAUCUGUGGGGGAGAAUUCUUUUCUCGCCGUUUUCGUGCUGAUGGGAUUCACUUCUGGAAACUCCUAAGCACAUCACCCUUUCAAAAGAAACCCUUCUCUAGAGAAGAAAGAACCCCUUUCCAACUUCCUUACAGGAGCAUCUCCACAUCAUCGGAGGAUCCACCUGCUGAAAUUUCCAGCCUCAAAGUCCAGGCAGAAUUGCUGAACAUGAUUUCAGACUUGGCUCGGAACAAAAGAAGCUCUUCAGCAUUGGAAGCCGUCUUCAAAAAGGUCAGUGGCCUGGUAGUCGGGAUAGCAUGCAGUGGUGUUAAAGGUCUUCUAGAUGCUUCUGUUAAUGCUCUUGUAGGACUUGCAUACGUUGAUCCCGACCUCAUAUGGCUUCUCUUAUCUGAUGUUUACUACUCAAGAAAGAGAGAUUUGCCUUCACCACCUACGUCUGAAUUUCCAGAUAUUAGUGAAAUUAUGCCUCCACCUUCAUCCUCUAAAGAAUACCUUUAUGUGCUGUAUGGAGGUCAAAGUUAUGGAUUCGACAUUGAUUUCACUUCCGUGGAGACUGUGUUCAAGAAAUUGCAUACACAAGUUUUUACUAGGCAGAUAUACUUUUAA